AGUCAGGCAUCUGGAAGGGCAGUCCAUGGAGGUCCUAAAUCCUUUAACGCGGACAUGCGCACAAGAAAAUUUCUCUUUCUCGGUGGACGCAAUGGCGGACGCAGAAAAAAAGGUUCCGGCUGUCCCUGAGAGCCUUUUGAAAAGGCGAAAGGCCUUCGCCACCAUGAAGGCCAUGCGCGUCAAGAAGAUGCUGGCUGAGAAAAAGGCCCGCAAAGUGACCAGGAAACUGAUCUACAAGAGGGCUGAGAAGUACCACAAAGAGUACAGGCAGAUGUACAGGCGUGAAAUCCGCCUGGCCCGUACUGCUCGCAAAGUGGGAAACUACUAUGUGCCAGCUGAGCCCAAACUGGCCUUUGUCAUCAGGAUCAGAGGUAUCAACGGUGUUAGCCCCAAGGUCCGCAAAGUUCUGCAGCUGCUCCGUCUGCGCCAGAUCUUCAAUGGUGUGUUCGUCAAGCUGAACAAGGCCUCAAUCAACAUGCUCAGGAUUGCUGAGCCUUACAUCGCUUGGGGAUACCCCAACCUGAAGUCUGUGCGUGAGCUCAUCUACAAACGUGGCCAUGGCAGGAUGAGGAAACAGCGCAUUGCCCUCACAGACAACGCUCUGGUGGAGAAGGCUCUUGGCAAAUAUGGCAUCAUCUGUGUUGAGGACCUCAUCCAUGAGAUUUACACAGUUGGAAAGAACUUCAAGCCCGCCAACAACUUCCUGUGGCCCUUCAAGCUGUCGUCACCCCGUGGUGGAAUGAACAAGAAGACCACACACUUUGUGGAGGGAGGAGACGCUGGCAACAGGGAGGAUCAGAUCAACAGACUGAUCAGGAGGAUGAACUAAAGUUGUGCUGAAAUUAAGCCAACAAUGUCUGAAACCACAUCUUAGCCAUUAAGUGUCAGAUCACCCAGUUAAGCAGCAGAUGGUUUAUUCUGUGCACAGGGAUGAAGCAAUGCAAGGUCAAGUCUAAUUUGGUUCAAACAAUCUCAAAAGCUUAGAUCCCUUUUAAGUAAUGUGGUGGUGAUUUCAUCCCAAAAGACUUAAUAAAAGCGAAUAAAAGGGUCUGGUAACAAAUCAGUCAUGUUUCUCCAAAAUAGUCCUAUAACUGUUUUUUUUUUCUUUCUUUCUUUCUUUCUUUUUUCAGGUUUUCAAAGGACUCAAAGUGUACAAUAAACUUGGAAAAAAAACCUG